UUUCAUGAUGCUCCUCAUGGUUCCUCCCUCCCAAGCACCACGGCCAGGCAAUGGGCUCUCGCCGUCGUCGUCCGACCGCCGCCCUAGUCCUCGCGUCGUUGCUAUGCCUCUACCUCGCGCAGCCGCGCGGGGCCUUCUCGCUCUCCUUCAGCCUCGACUUCUCCGACGCCAGCGCCGGUUCGUCGAUCGUUGUGGCCGGCGACGCACUCGUCAGUCCACCGGCGCUCCAGCUGACGAGAAACAGCCGGGCGUCGCACCGGUACAAAGUGCCGCUGUGGAACGGUGCCACCGGCGAGGUGGCUAGCUUCGCCACCGCCUUCUCCUUCCGGAUCACCCCAGACAAGGACAAGGACAGCCCGCCGCAGCAGCCAGGCGGUAGGAUGGCCUUCUUCCUCGGCCAUCUCCCUUCCGUGGACGUCCCGCGCAGCAGCAGCGCCGGCGCCGGCCCGGCCAUCCUGACGGUAGGAUUUGACGCUUUCCUCAACCAUGUCGGCAUCUACAUCAGCUCCGGCAAUUCCACAGCGCCCGCGCACACGACGGCGACAUGGCCGGGCAAGAACCUCACGGCGUCCAGUGUCAUGGAGGCCACCGUGAAAUACCACAACGACUCCAGGACGCUGGCUGCUGCUCUACUCAUCGACGGCGCCAUAUACCAGGCCAAUGCAACCGUUGAUCUGCGCAGAAAUCUGCCGGAGGAGGUCGCGGUCGGCUUCUCUGCCGCCGCCUUUGCCAGGAUGCACCGGAUACGGUCGUGGUCGUUCGGUUCCACUCUGCUGGAGUCCAAGCGGGAGGCAUCUCCUCCGCCUGCCGAACCUCCUCUCCCAACCAGCAGCUACAACCACAAGAAGAUAGCAUUAGUCCUACUAUUCCUAGGGACGAUCACGACGAGGUGUGUCCGAAUAGGAUUUCAGUUUGGAUUCAAGACAUCGCCGGGUCGGGUCGUGUUACCUUGGCUAUCCUAGCCUAGUUUUUUUACAUGCACGUAAAGAACUUUAAUUGGAUUUCAGUCUCGCUGUAAAAAAGCCCGUGAGAAAUAAAGAAAGAAACAAGGACGUGGCUGGAGAGCGCCGAGGCCUCGUGUGUUGCCUGGAGCGCAUAGCCGUAUAUAGUAA